UCAGGGGCACCAGUGCCUAGUGAGGACCUGUGUUGAUUAAAGUGUGACAGAGGUUCUUGGUUUAACUACACUAGCAGCCCCACGUGACCACAGCAGUAGGGGGCUGACCUUAGUGCUACUUUGCACCAUGCCAGUGAGCAAGGCAGCCUGUCAGAGUCCCAGAGGGGAGGAUGGUUAGAAUGCCGUUUUCAAAGAGGGCUAGCAUUUCUAUCACUGGAGGGAAAAGGAAUUCAUUUUCCAGGAAUUCUGCCUGCACUGGGAUUCAGUGGGUGGUGUCAGGGAACCAGACCCAGAGGGCUGGGAGGGAUGGGAGAUGACCCAAGUCCGGCAUCUAGGGACGCAUGCUGUCUUCACAGGGUACAUGGUGCUUGCACAGUGCCAGACACUGCUGGCCAGUGUGGGAGCUUCAUGCCACUCAGAUCAUGAAGACCGGCCAUCCCCAGUGCUCCUGAGCUGUGGCAUACCCGUGGCCGUGGCCCGGAAUGCACUCCGGCUCAGUGUUGGCCGGAGUACCACCAGGGCUGAAGUGGAGCUCGUUGUUGAGGACCUGAAGCAGGCGGCGGCCCAUCUGGAGGGCUCGGGCUAGCGGCCGCUCCUCCUCAGUGGCCGGCGGCCCAUCUGGAGGGCUCGGGCUAGCGG